GUCUACCCCUGGACCCAGAGGUUCUUUGAUAACUUUGGGAACCUCUCCAGCCCCACUGCCAUCAUUGGCAACCCCAAGGUCCGUGCCCAUGGCAAGAAAGUGCUCACCUCCUUUGGGGAAGCUGUGAAGAACCUGGAAAACCUCAAGGCGACCUACUCCAAGCUGUCUGAGCUGCACUGUGAGAAGCUGCAUGUGGACCCCGAGAACUUCAGGCUCCUGGGAGACAUCCUCAUCAUUGUGCUGGCGGCACACUUCACCAAGGACUUCACCCCUGCCUGCCAGGCCACUUGGCAGAAACUGGUCGGCGUGGUGGCCCAUGCUCUGGCCUACAAGUACCAUUAA